GGUUGACCAUUUUUUUAAUUUUUUUUACAACUUCACACCGGUCCAUAACAAUAAAUAAACAACUACUCCAAUUUUUGUAAUUUAUAAAUACAAAUUUUGUCUAUUUAUAUAACGUAUAAUUAAAGAAAAAAACAUUACAAUAAGUAUUGUUAAAUUAAAAACAAUAUAAAUAAACUUACCGAGAGCAGCAAGUGGACCCCAGUGAAAUAUUUUCCUAAAUGAUAUCAUUGACAUAGUGAUAUAAUUAUAUAUCACCACACAUAUAUUAUUUUGAACAACAAUUACUUUUCCAGUCUUGGCUGGAAUUUAUUAUCCAGUAUAAUUACAAAUACAGAAUUUGAUAGCAGUUGUGCCUCGAGCAAGGCCACCUCUUCCCAGAAUGCAAACAAAAACAUACAGAUCAACAAGAACAUUACCAAAAUGUUAUGAUGAAGAUAUUGAUGAUGAUGAUGAUAGUAAUGAUGAUUCUGAUGACGAAGAUAAAAGUCAAGAAGAAAUUAGAUCAGAGGGUUUUCAUAGAAUGAGUAAAGAACAUUUGUUGGAUAGUCUGUCACCAAUUUCAGGAUCACCAGAAAAAUCAAUAAGACGAAAAAACAGACAUGAUCCUGAUGAUAAUGAUGCUGACGAUGACGAUGAUGAUGAUUAUGAUGGUAGAAAAUCAUCAAAAACACAAGUUGAUUCAUCUCGUAAAAAAAAGAAACCAUUGAUACAACAAAUUAGAAAAUCAGAACCAGUUAAACAUAAUUUUUUUCAAUGGUUAUUUUUUAUUGGACUUGUAAUAAUUUUUAUAGCCAUUAUACCAUAUUUAUCUGUAGCAUUAAAUGCCCAAAAUGUUGAAUCAUCAGUUAAUAAAACAAACAAAGAAGAUGUUAAAUUAAUAAUGAAUAAUUUUAGAAAAAAUAUCAAUGAUAUAAGAUUGAUAUUUAAAAAUCAAGAUGAUACAAUAUGGAAUGAUAUUGAGGGUAGAAUUUAUGAAAUAAUUGUCAAUCCAAAAAGACCAACAGUUAUAUUUUUAUUUGCUAAUGAUGAUCAGCCAAUGUUUUGUUUAGCAAGACUUCUUGGAAAUGCAAGUCGUACAGUAUUAAAUUGUGAAGAGGAUCUUCUUCUUACUGCUGAUGAUUCAAUACUCGGUGAUGAUUAUGGAAUGGUUAUUGAAAAUUUAAAAGAUAAAAUUAUUCAACAACGAGUUGUUAUUUUUGAAAAUAUACUCAAUAUUAAUCCAGAAGCAAUGAGAGCAUUUCACAAUCUUUGUGACAGUGAAAAUCCACUUGUUAGAAAUGCAAUAUAUAUAUUAACAAUGGUUAAUAAUAAAAAUGAUAAUAAUUAUUAUAAAAAAACAAUGAAUACAAGAGAAUCAAUGAAGUUUAUUGAGCAUCAAUUGACUCAAAAAUUAACUGGUAAUAUUGAUCCAGAUAAACUUCAGCCACUUGUCACACGAAUGACUGAUGCAGUCAUAAUAAAUGUCCAAUCAGAACCAGAAUUUCAAUCUUGUCCUCUUCGUUAUUAAAUGUUUAUAUGUUAAAUUAAGAUCAAAUUUGUAUAAAAAAUUUUUAGUAUUGUUUUUAAAAAAAGAAAUUGAAAAUUUGUGUAAAAUUAUUAUUUUUUUUUUUUGCUUGUGUAAUAGUUCAGAGAUUUAUAUAUAAUAUAAUUAAUUUUUUCGUAUAGAUUUACUUUUUUUUUACAAUAAAAUAAAUAUUAUUUCAAAA